GCUGCCGCACCGGGGGCCCACGGCCGCCCUCGGACAGCCGGACCCCGCCAGGGCCCCGCCGGCGCCUCCCCUCAGCCCCACAAGAUGGCGCCGCGGGACCGGGGAGGGGCCGGACGGAAGCGGCGGGAGGAAGCUCUCCUGGCCGCGCCGUGCUGCUCUCGGCCUCGCCGGAACGGAGGGAGUAAGCACGGGAGGCGGCUUCCCCCGGUUCCCCUUGCCGACGGGAGCCGCAGGCCGCCCGGGAAUUACUGCUCUUGGUGUAAGGACAUUGGUUUGAAGACAUCAUAGUGAUAGUUCACCUUGAUCACCAGAACAAACUCCACAAGAAAUGGAAGACACCGAGCCAUGGUAUUCUCGGCAAGUGUACGCAAGAUACUGGAAGCAUUAUGACUUAGCCAUGCGCUGGAUGCGUAGGCACCAGAAGGCCUACAGGAAAGCCAUGGAAUCCUUUUGUGACAUACCGUGGCAUCCUUCUGCAGCCUCUCCAAGUAGCCGCUAUUCCGAUUGGGAUGGGAAUGACCUCCCACAUACCCAAAGCUAUUCUUCCAGCUAUAGCCCACAUGGCAGAGCUCUGUACCGUGGGGGAGCUCAGCCAUAUGUAUCUCCCUACCAGGAGAGGGAGGAUGCUGACAGGGACUCUGAAAUGGAGGAGGACUCUGAGUCUGAAGGAGAGAUAGAAUAUGACUUGAGUAACAUGGAGAUCACAGAGGAGCUUCGCCAGUUUUUUGCACAGACAGAGAGGCACCGGGAAGAACUGCGGAGACAGCAGCAGCUGGAAGCUGAGGACCAGUACGUGGAGGCUGAUCAAGACCUUCACAAAAGGAUGGAGCGUUCUGUGCAGCCACCUGCGGAAAGACCUGGGGAGAGGCGAAUAGCAGAAAUGAAGAAACUGUAUGGUGCUGAAGCUGCCAAAAUUCAGGCAAUGGAGGCUGCCAUGCAGCUUAUCUUUGAUAGAAACUGUGACAAAAAGCAGCCAAAAUAUUGGCCCAUUAUUCCCCUUAAGCUGUGAGUACCUGGACUGUACUCUGACCUGGCACAGAGCUGUAGGGAUGGGUGCCUCAAUCAGGUUGUGCUGCUGAAAGAACAAACUGCAAAUUUUUAUUUUGGUUGGGCUUUGGAGCAGAGGCUGGCAUGGGCAGCGCAUUCCUUUGCCCUGUGUUCCUUUUACACUGUCGUUCAGUGAUGGUCACAGUCCAUUCUACCUACAAAUAGUUGUCAUAUAGUAAUAGGAGGGACAUUAAUACCAAACCUGUCUGAAGUCAUAGUUUCACUCAUUUGAUACCUGCCUGCCUUGACCAUGCUUGCAAUAAACAUAACAAUGUCUAUACCCAGUGAACUGGAAAGACUUAAAGCGAUGUGCAAAAGGAAAAGACUAUACAAACUGGCUGCUCUUCCCAUUUACAAAAUCGAGUAGUCCCAUUUUUCUGUCUUAUUUAAUGUAGUAGCAUUUGGAUCCUGUUUAACACAGCACAGCUUGAAGUGUUAUGUCUGCUAAUCCUGGAUUUUUUUGAGAACCAGGAGCCCACUGGCCAAGAUACAACAUAUCAAAUUACUGUAGCCCAGCCAUUUGAAUUCUUUUUCAAAGGUUUGUAAUAAAGCAGGAAGUUUUUCUUCCAGAGUGAUACUCUGGAUUGUCUGGCAAGAAUUCGACUCUAAAGCAAACUUAUAUAGAAAAAUGUUUUAUUGAAGGGGGUGGGAGGAGUGGGGGUGAGGCCUGAUAUGGUCCUGUUAGAGAUCCAUUUAGCAGAAAAGAAACUUAAGAGGACAAAGCACUCUUGGGGCCAGUGCCUAUAGUGAUUUUUGCCAUUCUAAUAAAAAGCAUCUAAUUGGUUUGAAGCUUUAAAGAUGUACCCUUAGUCUGUCAAACUAAUACAUCUGUACGCUCCAUGUGGAGGUGUGGAAGCCAAGUAGCCCUGAGGACUACAUUUAUUUUAGGUGCAGCUUUCCAAUGCUCACCUGCAUAUUGUACACACAAAGCUUAAACACAGGCAAGCUAGAUGUGCUGCUGUGUGUACUCAUCCAUUUGCACAGGCUGUACAGCUCCGCUUCUGUCACUCUUUUGGUCAGUUGUGCUUGCACCACUAAUAGCUGACCAGGCAGAGUGAGGCACACAAGUGGUCUGCAUAAGAGGCAGAAUUGGCCCCUCCAUACUGGUGACUCCUUAGAAAAUGGUACCCUGAACACUUUAAAGGACUUCUGUGAAGCACUGCUGCUACAUAUCAUUGUGUGCAGAAGGGCUGUAGUUAGCAUUAAGCAGCAUUUCCAUGCCAGGGCAAAGGAACUUUAUGCUGUUUUAAUUGUGACAAAUAUUCAUGUGCUUUUCUGGCAACAGAGGGAAGGUCACAUAAAAUUCUAACUUCAGUUCAUGCCCACUGUGUGUGGUGCAUUGCUGUAGCAUGUGGGGUUUGUAAUACACACCAGCAGUUGCUGUGCCCUCUGCAGCAGCCAGCUGCACCAAAGCAAGCCUGAGGUGCAGUUUGGAAUAUCUUUGGUUCUACUAGUAUUUACUGUGUUUUUUCAAAGCAGCAUUUAUAUUUCAGUUCCACCUCCUUCACUUUAGAUGCGAUGAGAUGGAGGUAAAUUGAACACUGAAAUUAAAAGCCCCCAGUCUCCAAGACUUUACGACUGGUGUGAUUAAUCUGAAAAAUUUGUGUGAGACAGGAGAGGAAAAAGGGUUAUGAACAGUCCACAUUUGUCUUCAAUCUUGGUUUUGGCAGGUUUUGUCAGAAAUUUGGUGGUUUGUUUGGGUUUCCUUUUGUUGACCAAAUAAAGUCUCUUCGUAACA